UUCACCCACCAUUAGCAGCCACUUGUACUGGUUUCUGAUGCAUGAGAUUCUUCCAAUCCCAUUCAUGGGGUUUUUCACCUUGCCCCAUUUUCAUCAUCAAUCCAGAAUGGAAGACUCCAAUCAGACACCGCUGCUCCAUCAAUCACUCAAUGCAGCUGCUACCCAUGGAGUCCAGCCCACCGGACUGCCUUCGACGGUGGCUGAGUACGGCGGGAUUGAUGGAAUUCCAGCUAAACCUACUAUUUACGAUUGUUAUGUUGAUGUUCCGGCAUCAUUCUAUCCUAGUGCCGGAAAUGAUUCAGUUGAGGAACCAAACAUACAUCACUUGGUCAACCAAUAUUGUGAUGAUAGUGUUAUCGAUGAUGAUCUUACUGUCGUGGAUGAUGAAACUGUUGUCGACGAUGAUCUGGCUGCCGCGGAUGAUGAUUUGAAUCAAAUUUUUGGAGAACAAUCAACUUGGCCUCCGUUGCUAUCACAUCCUGACAGGAGUCGGUUGUACAAUCUGCCUCCUCGACCGCGGAACCCUAACGAGCUGUGUCUGUGGAACGGGGUGCAAAUCAUCACCUGUAUCAUACUUCUUGCCAUAUUAUGGUUGAUCGUAUGCUUGAACAUGGUCUAUGGAGUUCAAGAAAUUGGAACCUUGCGAAUUGGCACAGGUUGUUCUCUUCUAUUGAAACCAAAUCGGUUCUUUGUGAAGACCAUAACAGUUGAGCAACUAUCUGCUAACAACGUGGGAGCGAUACUCUAUGGGUUUAAUAAUCAGCCACCUCUUAAUGUUGUAAAUAGUUGGUCGGAUGCACGUAAUGCAUCUCUUCAAGCUAACAUCCACAAGGAGUGGGUGUAUUUCUUGAAUGAGGGAUCCCAGAUUAAUGUUUCUUAUAGUGUCCCUAGCUCUUUAAGAUUGUUUCUUACUAUCGAUCGAGGAACUGAUGGUUAUGGUCCAUGGCUUUAUGAUCAGUCAUCUCCUAAUACCACCUUGUCUUGGAACAUCGUUCGUGGAAAUGGCCUAAUCCAGCAAAAUAUUCUACAGUCCGGUAGAUACCAUAUUGCCGUUGGAAAUUUGAACUCGGAGGUGGUGGAGGUGCAACUGAACAUGAGUGCGAGGGCCUUCAUUUAUGAUACAAGCGAUGCUUACUACAAGUGUACAUUUGCACAAGGUCCCUGUGUUACCUCUCUCUUAUUUCUUGAAGAAAACCAUGCUGUUUUGACCACUCCUCAACUGAAACAGGAUUCUAUGCUGCCAUGA